UCUUGGCCAACCCUCGAAUAGUAGCAGCGGACGCUGUUCUCCUUAGCCAUACUGACCUACCCAGCGAACCGUGUCCAAGAUGGCCCCUCUAUCGCAAAAGAAACGUAAAGUCGAAGAUGGAAUGCGUGGAAAGACCGAGCGACCGAAGAAGCGUUUCCGCAAACAGUUGGAGUACCACAGCUCGAGCGACGAGGACGAGCAGGAAGAGCAAGGGUUCGCUCCCGUUAAUUUGGACGAGAGCGACGAAGAACAGCGCCCCCCGAAUACGCCCAAGCCUCAAAGGAAGAAGCCUCCCCCGGCUGUAGCGGAGGACGAACCCGACGUACAAAUGGAAGACAAAGACGAAGAAGAAGACGAAGAUACGAACUCUGAGGAAGCCGCGACAUCGGAUGAGGACAGUACAGAAGAAGACCUCAAUGAGGCAGACAGAAGAAAACACAUAAGCAAGCGAAACGACCCGGAAGCAUUUUCUACCUCAAUCUCAAAAAUCCUAUCGACGAAGCUAUCCCAAUCAGCUCGCAAAGAUCCUGUCCUGUCGAGAAGUAAAGAAGCCGCGGAAACCAGCGUCUCCCUCGCAAAUGACCGCUUGGAGAAAAAAGCCAAAGCCAAAUUGAGGUCAGACCGCAAGGAAGAGUUAGAAAGAGGAAGAGUAAAGGACGUUCUGGGUCUGAGCUCGGGACAAGCGGGCGAAGUGGCUGAGGAGGAAAAGAAAUUGCGGAAAAUCGCCCAGCGGGGCGUGGUCAAGCUCUUCAACGCAGUUCGGGCGGCUCAGGUUAAAGCCGAACAGGUGGCCAAGGAGGAACGGAAGAAGGGAACCAUAGGGAUGGCCAACCGCGAGGAGAAGGUCAACGAGAUGAGCAAGCAGGGAUUCUUGGACCUGAUCGCUGGGAAAAAGAAUGCGCAGAGCACGACAGCACAAUGACCGGAGGGCAUCGUGAUUGUAAAGGACUUUCUGGGUAUAACGCCCACCCAAGCGAGGAGCAAUGGAGAGCGGUUUGUGAUAGUACAUGUCUAAUGCCCGACCCUCAGUUUAUCAUCAACUGCGCUUCUCGAAAUCCGAAGCUUGCAUGUUCC